GCACGACGCCAUAAUCCAAGAUGGCGCUCCCCGUGAGAGCUAACUUCAAACUUAUCUUAAGGUUCAUUCAGAAGUUAAACUCCCCGAAAAGGACUCUCUGCGCUGGAGUUUGUCCGGAAAACAAGGGGCCUCCAGGAAGUGGCCGUGUGUUCUCAGGAAUCCAGCCAACCGGAGUUCCCCAUCUGGGCAACUAUCUGGGUGCUCUGGAGAACUGGGUGGCCCUGCAGCACCAGUACCCCUCGGUGCUCUACAGCAUCGUGGACCUGCACUCCAUCACGCAGCCGCAGGAUCCGGCCCAGCUCCGCAGCAACGUACUGGACAUGGCAGCCAGCUUGAUAGCCUGCGGUAUUAACCCGGAGAAGGCCGUUCUCUUCCAGCAGUCUCAGGUGUCGGAGCACGCUGAGCUCUCCUGGAUCCUCGGCUGCCUCACCACGAUGCCUCGCCUCCGCCAUCUACCGCAGUGGAAGAUGAAGAGCAAACAGAAGAACGAAGGCAGCGUCGGUCUCUACACGUAUCCGGUCCUACAGGCUGCAGAUAUUCUGCUCUACAAGUCCACUCACGUCCCCGUCGGAGAGGACCAGGUCCAGCAUCUGGAGCUGGCUCAGGACCUCGCUCGCAUCUUCAACCACCGCUACGGAGACUUGUUCCCUGAACCCCGCGCUCUGCUCAGCUCCACGCGAAAGGUCAAAUCCCUGCGCGACCCCUCUGUCAAAAUGUCCAAGUCGGACCCCCAGCCCAUGGCGACCAUCUCCAUCACGGACUCCCCCGACGACGUCGCCCUCAAGAUCCGCCGCGCCGUCACCGACUUCACCUCCGAGGUCACCUUCGACCCGGAGACGCGCCCGGGCGUGUCCAACCUGGUGACGAUCCACGCCGCCACGGCCACGAUCUCCACGGAGGAGGCCCUGUCCCAGGCCAGAGGCCUGGACACGGGGGCGUAUAAGAAGCUCGUCAGCGAGGCCGUGGUCCAGAGGUUGACGCCCAUCCGGGAGGAGCUCCAGAGGCUGAGGGCGGACCGGCCUCACCUGGAGGCCGUGCUGGCUCUGGGGGCCAGAAGGGCCCGGGAACUGGCCGCACCUGUGCUCGCCGAGGUCCGGCAGAGAGUGGGUUUCUGCUGAGAGGCGGCCGAGACUGGAAAAUAACGUCACAUUUAUACGACGGGGCCUUUUAAUGCUCGGCACUUAACGGCUGCUAAGGUCAAGUUUUAUUCCAGCGACUGUUUACUUUUUCAGGACUUUUCUUAGGAUGUAACUCAUCCAGUUAGAAAAUGUGCUGAAAGCAACAUGGAGGCGUUCAGACUAAAAGCUGAUUUAUUUUUUAUUAUUUUCCAUUCUGCAUCUGUCUCAUUGAAAUUAACAAGGCAGCCUUUUUUUUUUUUUUUUUUUUGUCUUUGCACAUGUAAUAUAUAAUAAUUCGCAGCCCUUUGCAGUUUAUUUAUUUGCCUUUGAAUGGUGGUUGUAUGUUUCCACACAAACAAAUCUACUAACCAAAAUAAUUAGGAUUUGGAUUCGAUGAUGUUAAUCAGAUCCUCCUCAGUGUCAACAGUCAAGUUCGCUCCUAUAAUCAAGACUAGAGGAAUAAAUAUUGAUGCUUUUUAA